AUGACAACUGGAAAGGACCCGUGGCAGCUCUCCUUGAUUCUCAUCGUGGGGAUCACGACACUUGCAGCUAUUGGACAAGCAGCAGAGCCACCAGAUGUGGUGACCAAAUAUGGGAGAGUCCGAGGGUACCAAUUUAAAGUAGAUGCAGCUGAGAAGAGUGUAAAUGUCUUUUUGGGACUUCCAUUUGCUAAGCCUCCAGUUGGACAACUGAGAUUUUCUGAACCCCAGCCACCUGAGCCAUGGAAAGGUGUCAGAGAUGCCACUUCCUACCCACCAAUGUGUCUGCAGGACAAAAUAAAAGGACAGUUGGCAUCGGACUAUGUUACUAAUAGAAAAGAAAAAGUUGUUCUGGAAGUGUCUGAAGAUUGCUUAUACCUAAAUGUGUACACACCUGUUUCUACAAAAACACAGGAGAAGCUGCCUGUCUUUGUAUGGAUCCAUGGAGGUGCCUUAGUUUUUGGAGCAGCUUCAUCAUACGAUGGUUCAGCAUUAGCAGCCUUUGAAAAUGUGGUGGUUGUAGCAAUUCAAUACAGAUUAGGCAUUCUUGGAUAUUUUAGCACUGGUGAUAAGUAUGCCCGAGGUAACUGGGGAUAUUUAGAUCAAGUAGAAGCUCUUAAGUGGAUUCAGGAAAAUAUCAUACAUUUUGGAGGAGAUCCAGGAUCUGUCACUAUCGCUGGAGAAUCUGCAGGAGCAAUCAGUGUUUCUGCUCUUGUCUUAUCACCCCUGGCAAAGGGCUUGUUCCAUAAGGCCAUUUCAGAGAGUGGUACUGCACUCAGAACUUUGUUCACUGACAACCCUGAGGAGGAAGCACAAAGUAUUAUUGCUGCCUCUGUCUGUGAAAAAUCCAGUUCAGCUGCAAUAGUUGAAUGCUUAAGAGAAAAAACAGAAGAAGAGAUAAUAAAGAUAACACUAAAAAUGCCUUCUAUGUUCAUCAGUGCAUCUGUAGAUGGUGUGUUUUUCCCAAAGAGUCCUGAGCAACUAUUAUCUGCAAAAGCGAUCACUGCAGUCCCAUAUUUAAUAGGAGUAAAUAACUGUGAAUUCGGGUGGUUACUUCCUAUGGAAAUGAAAUUUCCUCCUUACACAGAUGGUAUGACUGAAAAUGUUGCACGUCAAAUCCUACAGAACAUGUUCACAUUACUACUUAAGGGUGCUACUUCUGAAGUUAUUAAUCAAAUAUUCAAUGAAUACGUAAAGAAUGCAGAAGACCGUGCUCAGGUGCGAGAUGGCCUCCUUGAUGCUAUAGGAGACUUUAUCUUUGUUCUUUCAUCCAUUGAAGUAGCUAGAUACCAUAGAGAUGCUGGCAACCCAGUCUACUUUUAUGAAUUUCAGCAUCGCCCAAGUUCAGCAGCAGGUGUUGUACCAGAGUUUGUAAAAGCAGAUCAUGCAGAUGAGAUUGCCUUUGUCUUUGGAAAGCCAUUCUUAGCUGGGAAUACUACAGAAGGAGAAAAUAAACUUAGCAGAACUAUUAUGAGAUACUGGACUAACUUUGCUAGAAACGGGAAUCCCAAUGGAGAGGGGUUGGUCCAUUGGCCUCUGUAUGAUCUGGAUGAGAGAUACCUGGAAAUAGACCUAAUGCAAAAGACAGCAAAGAAGCUGAAAGAACACAAGAUGGAAUUCUGGACACACCUCAUGAAACAAAUGAUGAACAAGAAGAGAGAACACACAGAUUUAUAA